AUGCCUCACCGAGAGGCAGAAAGUCCUCGCAGACCCGAGCUUUCGGGUUCCAUCACGUCGUCUGUAGCCAACGAGGCAUUCCUGUUGGACUCCUCCCCUCCCACCCAGCAGCUGCAGCAGCAACAGAUCAAGCGCCAUACCUCCAACUACAAGACUCGCAGCGGCACUCGGCGCAAUCCCAUCAUACCUACCGAAACCCUUCUUACCAAUCAAGCCCAGUUCCUGCAUCAUAUGCUUGACCCAAGUACACCUGAUGCUACUAUACUUUGCGACAAAAUUAAGGAAACCAAUGCUGCUAUCGCAGCGGAGUGGAAGUUGACUGUUAAGCAGAUAGCAGCGUCUAUUAGUCUUGUGGCUGUCAUCCUCACUGCGUGUGCUGCUUUCCUUAUCACUGUUAUUGUUUGGGCUGUCAUUAAGGUUGCAUCAUUGUUUUGGUUGUGA